AUGGAUGAACUCAUGUCCCCUUACUUUCUCUUUGAAUGCUGCACACAAACUCUCCUUCUGCCCCAGGUCCUUGAGGCCUCAGCACGGAGCUUCAGCUCCCUGUCCCAUACCAUCAUGUCUGGAUCUGAAGAGCCUUACCAACCUGAGGAAGACCCUGAGGACCAAAGUGAGACACAGGGCUUGGUGGGUGGGCAGGUUUUCAGUGCCCUAAAGCAAGAACUCACGUCUUCCACUCUCUCAUCUCCUUCCCUCAUCCUCAUCUUCCUUCUGGUCUCUGAUCUAGGCAUCAUGGAGGAGGCUUCUGCUGAGGAGAUGAUGGAUGUCUCUCAGUGUCCUGAGGGAGGCUCCUCACCCCAGAGCAUCAUGGAGGUUACCCUAUCGAUGCAAUCCCUUAGGUGCUAUAGCCGCGUACAAGAGCGAGUUUCAUUCGCCUCAUGUACCCUGGCAAACGCUGAGUCCUUGUUUAGGGAAAUUUUAGAGGAUAAGGUGGCUGAAUUGAUGGAGUUUCUGGCCUUUAAGUAUCUAAAAAAAGAGCCAACCAGUGUGGCAGAAAUGCAGAUGGUUGUCACUAGAGAUUAUGAGGAGCACUUCCUUCUAAUCUUUAGGGAAGCCUGUAACUGUCUGCAGCUGGUCUUUGGCAUUGAUGUGAAGAAAAUGGACCCUCCCAGCCACUACUAUGUUCUUAGUCCUUCCUUGGGCCUCACCUAUGAUGGGAUGAUAGCUGAUGAACAGAACUACCCCAGGACCAUCCUCCUGAUAAUCAUCCUGGGUGCAAUCCACGUUCGGGGCAACCGUGUCACUGAGGAAACCAUCUGGGAAGUGCUGAGUGGGAUGGGGUUGUAUCCUGGGAAGGUGCACCGCUUAUAUGGGGAGCCCAGGAAAUUCCUCACAGAGGAUUUGGUGCGGGAACAAUACUUAGCAUAUCUGGAGGUGUCCAACACUAUUCCUCCUCGAUAUGAGUUCCUAUGGGGCCCCAGGGCCCAUGCUGAAACCAGUGAGGAAAAAGUUCUGGAAUUUUUGGGCAGACUUAAAGAUACCACCUUUAAUUAAGACCUCACCUGUCUGUCAUGAGGGGGGUUCAGAAAAUGAACAAGAGAGAGACCCACAGUCAAUGGCAAUAGAAGAGUGAUGACAAGGGCUAAGGCCAAGGACAGGGUACAUUCCAGGGCCACAUCUAGCAGUUUCUCCUGUCCCGUGUAACUUCUGAGACAGAUUCUAAAUUCUACCCUUGCAAAGAGCAGUCACUUUUCUAAAUAAUGCAGAUGCAAACUGGGGAUUGGUUAAAUUCAGUGUGUAAUCCUUAUAUUUCUGUGUGCAUAACUUGAAGAUUUUUUUUGAUAUUUUGUGUAUAGCCAUCCUUUGAUUUAAUUAACUUAAAAUUGUGCAUUUUAGUGGUACUAGUCACAAACACGUUGCUAUUUAUACAUUUUAAGAGUUCAGCUGUUUUAUAAAAAAAUUGUAAAA